CUCAAAUAACAUACCAAAAAUUUUAUCCCAAUUACCCGCUUGCUUUCUCAACCCUAAUUCGUCUGAACUGCAGAAGUACUGAAGCAUCCGCCAGAGAAGAUUUUCUUCCAAGAACCGUUGUAAUUUGUAAUGGCGACUGUACCAGUUAACCCGAAGCCUUUUUUGAACAAUUUAACUGGCAAGCCUGUAAUUGUAAAACUGAAAUGGGGAAUGGAAUACAAAGGUCUUCUUGUCUCCAUGGACUCUUACAUGAACUUGCAGCUUGCAAAUGCUGAAGAAUAUGUUGACGGGGAAUGCACUGGAAGUCUCGGAGAGAUCUUGAUAAGGUGCAACAAUGUCCUAUAUCUUCGUGGCGCUCCGGAUGACGAGGAAAUCGAAGAAGCAGAAUGAGACUAGAUUGUGCGACUCAGAGCAUGGUAUGAUUUAUGCCUAUUGAAUUGAACACUGUUGCCUAACUUCAUUUUAAAACAUGUUUACUUCGAAAAUCCUUUACUCAAACCAAAUUAUUUUGUGCUCAUAUUA